AUGUCAGACCAUCAUCACCUAUCAUCCAAAUUCUCCAACCUGAAUCCCUUCCGCCCCGGCGAAGAUGACGAAGACAAGGGUGAGGGCAUUGCCAUCGACUCCGUCGGCGGCGGGGGUCGCAGCACCCGCAAAGCCCAGCAUGAGAAGCAGCAGCUCCAAGUGAGCAAAGCCCUUCGCAAAUAUCUCGUCAAGAAGAAAGUCCUGCCGGAAUCCGAUGCGGGCGUCGCAUCCCACGAGACAACACCCGCUCUUCGCAACUUGCUCGGCAAGUCGCACUUCGACGUGCCUGAUGCCCUGCUGGACAGAUCCCAUCCCCUCCCAGAGUACUUCAUCAGCUCUAGCCACAACACAUAUCUUAUGGCGCACCAGUUGUACGGGUCGUCGUCAGCGUCUGCAUACGAGACGGCUUUGAAGACAGGGUCACGAUGUGUCGAGAUUGACGCUUGGGAUAACAGUGCUAACCCCGAGGAACCAAAAGUCACACAUGGGUUUACUCUGGUGUCCCAUAUCUUGUUCAGAGAUGUAUGUGAGACAAUUCGAGAUGUGUUUGACGAAGAAAAGGGCAUUGCGGCGAAGGAUCCUACGUAUAAGGUUGCACCUAUCUUGCUGUCCCUGGAAAAUCAUUGCGGUGAGCAGGGCCAGAAACGACUUGUUGAUAUAAUGAAGGAGGUGCUCGGGGAUCGUCUGCUUGAUGAACCUGUUAGACAGAAGGGCCAUCGCGAACAGAGUGGUGGCGAUGAACAUGUGUGUCUGGCCGAUCUGGGUGCCUGCAUCGCCGUCAUUGUCGAGUAUCACCUCAAGGGGGAUGAAGGCACUCCCCAGGACUCUGAGAGUGAGUCGCCGUCUGAUGAUGAGCAGGAAGAGGCUGCAGCCAAGGCCGCUAGAAAGGAAUACAAAGAGAAGAAAAAGGAGGCUCCUACCGCUGGCAUCAUCCCCGAGCUAGCAGACUUGGGAGUGUAUGCUCAAUCCGUCAAGCCAGUUGACAAUUCAUGGUUCAACCCAGGCAUUCUCACCAACGGACCACACCAUCAUCUUAUCAACGUGUCUGAAUCAGGACUUUCGUCUCACCUCCCUGACGAAUGCAUCCCUAUUGCGGCGCACAACGCCCAGCACCUGAUGCGCGUCUUUCCCAAAGGCACAAGAAUCUCGUCAUCGAACCUGAAGCCGCUCAAAUUCUGGGGCAUCGGUGCGCAAAUCUGCGCUCUCAAUUGGCAAACUUUCGGCACCAGCAAUCAACUUAACGAUGCGCUGUUUAGCGGCUCAGAAGGCUACAUCCUGAAGCCCGCUGCUCUCCGAAGCGGAGGCGACGGCCAAAUCCUUACCGGCAAGAAGAAGAGGCUUCGGCUUCACGUCGCGGGAGCCACGGAUAUUCCUGUCGACGAAGACCGGGAGCCUGAUUCCCUUAAGCCAUACGUUACCUGUAACCUGUACAGUCCAGGUGAGGUUGAAGGCGAGAGUAUUAAGCGAAAGACAUCGGUGUAUAAGCAUCAUAAGCUCGGCAUUUUACACAAAGGCGACAACCCACCAGUCACCGAGCCUAUUUGGGACGAGACACUGGAAUGGGUGUACGAUGACAAUGAGCUCGUUUUCUUGCGAAUGCUAAUCAAGAGCGACGAUGCAUGGGCUAAAAACCCCAUGAUUGCUGUAGCUGCGGUUCGGUUGUUUUACGCUGUUCCUGGGUGGAGCUUUAUUCGGAUGAUGGACAUGAAGGGUAGGGAAACGCAAUGUUCCAUCCUGGUGAAACUCGAGAUAGCGGAGGUUUAA